AUGAUUAACUGUAUAGACACCGCAGCACCACCGCAGCAGACAGCAGCUGCAGUGGAAGUAACCUACGGCCACAACAGAGGAGGGUUUAAUCCCUACGUCAACAACGGAGGCACUGUGGUUUGCGUGGCUGGAGAUGAUUUUGCUGUUGGUGUUGGAGACACUCGGCUGUCUGUUGGAUACAGCAUUCACUCGCGCAUGCAAUCAAAACUCACCAAACUGACAUCGUGCUGCAGCAUCGCUUCUUCUGGCAUGCAGGCGGACAUCAACACUCUGCACAGAUGGCUGAAGGUGCGCAUUGCUUUGUAUAAACAUCAACACCGCGAAGAGCCGCCUAUCUCAGCCUUAGCGCAAUUAUUGUCUGUUGUUUUAUACUCGCGAAGAUUUUUUCCGUAUUACACCUUCAAUGUUCUCUUUGGGAUUGAUAAGGAUGGUAAAGGUGCUGUUUAUGGUUAUGACGCUAUCGGGGACCUGGCGGAGGUUAUGGUGAUAGACAGCAGCGGCAUGCGCACUGAGUUUGUGCCUCUGAGAGACGACUGA